AUGGAUUCCCCGGGGGUGUCUCCAUCUACUUUGAGCAAGCACGGCUUUAACAACAUUCCACCGCGGACCCGGGAAGAAAGACAAGCGCACCACGAUCAUGACACGCUCGAGAAGCAGCGGCUGGCCGCGCGGCGGGGCGGUCACUUCCACUACUCCGGGCAGUCCGACCCGGUGUCCGCGCCAGAGGGAUCCCUCGCGUACGCGGACGAGCACGAGCGCUUCGACCGCGUCGACCCCGCAGACGACGAGCACGUCCGUCGGCAGCGGGAGCUCGAACGAAAAGCGGCGAUCCUGGAUAAGAAGCGGGGGGAAGGCAUGGCCCGGGAAGAGGCUCGGUGGGCGGGAAUGGAGGAGCAACUAGAGCGGGCGACGAUACGCGAAGCGGUGAAGCGGGAGACGGUGGGCAACCGGAGGAACGCCCCAAGCGUCGCGUACAAUCCAAUCACACUCGCGUACAGCGAUAACCUGGACGGGGUGCGGCUCAAAGUGGUGGACGAUACCGUCAAGUACCACGCAGCAGUGCGCGCGAGCAACCUGUAUGAGCGGUCCCACAUCGAGCGGUUCAACAUCGUCACCGGCGAGGAGCUACCGCAGCCGAUCAGGGUGCCUUCAAAGCCAGCGGUACCGGAGUUGCUCGUGCGGUCAGGAAAGAUAUGA